CUUAUCUCCAUAUUAGUCUCAAUCUCUCUUUCUCCCCCCAUCCGACUGCAUGGAGCCAAAGAAGAUAAACCCGGAACAAAAGUAUCAAUGCCGAAUCUGUAACAAAGGAUUCAGUUGGGGAAGAGAUUAUGAGGAGCACAUUCGGACCCACGGUUUAAAAGAUGAAAUCAUUAUCGAGAAAGAAGAAAGGCUGCCCACCGCCGUAGCUGGUGGAGAUUCCGCCGCUGAUAUGCCUUCAUACAAUAGAGAGUUCCUUCCAUGGAAUUCCUACUUCAAACGUGAUUAUCGUAGCUCUAGUACUGCUGCUGCAGCUGCCGGCAAUGACGAUGACGGCCGAGAUGGCCUUAUUCCACCUUCACCGCCCUGCCCUUCAUAUAAAGGUAAACGAAUCGAACGCGAUGGGGAAAACUGUGGGAGUACCGAUCGUCAAACUCAGUCGCGCACACAAGAAGAAGAUGUGGCUCGUUUCCUCGUCGAGCUGUCCAAGGCCUGCCUUGAGCGUGCCCCUGUCUCGAACCAAAACCAUCCCGCCACUACUGUAGGUUACGAAUGUGAUAAUUGCAAUAAAGUCUUCCCAUCCCACCAGGCUCUUGGCGGCCAUCGAGCCGCCCACAAAAAUGUUAAGGGUUGUUCCGCCGUCAGCCUCGAAAUUAGAUCAGCCGGCACCAACAACAAGAUUAAAAACCAAAAUAACAAUGUCGAUAAUCAAAAUAAUAUGGUCAGAUCGCCGGAAAAUAUGACAUUAUCGAUUGUCCCAUUGACAGAAUAUUCGCCGCGACGUCCUUCGUCACCAAUGAAAUAUCCUAAGCCUCAUAAAUGCAGAAAAUGUCCCAGGGAGUUCCCGACCGGCCAGGCGCUUGGUGGUCAUAUGCGUUGCCAUUGGAUAACAUUAAAAAUUACCACCACAGCGGCAACCACCACCGCCUCUACUACUUCCGUAAACUCGACGACCAUCGCCGCCGCGCCCGCCUCUGCUACUGCCACUAUCUACACCCCAAACGCACAAAUAGGAGCUAGUAGCAGCGAAGUGAAUGAAAUACAACUUCGUAGGCCGACCCUUCCUCUGUUGUUCAAAAAUCCACGUCUUAAUUUAGGCCUAAACAUGCCGGUGGAGCCGACCGAUGAUAUGGACGGAAGCUCGCUGCAGCUUUGCUUUUCCGAAGUGAAAUCUCCACAACAUGGAUGGGAGAGGGAGCCGAAGAGGAAGAUGGAUCUUGGUGAUCUAGCAGCGGAGCCGACCGAUGAUAUGGAUAGAAGCUCGCUGCAACUUUGCUUUUCCGACGUAAAAUCUCUACAACAUGGAUGGGAAAGGGAGCCAAAGAGGAAGAAUGAUCUUGGUGAUCUAGCGGCGGAGUCGACCGAUGAUAUGGACAGAAGCUUGCUGCAGCUUUGCUUUUCCGACUUAAAAUCUCCACAACAUGAAUGGGAGAGGAAGUCGAAGAAGAAGAAAGAUCUUAGUGAUCUCAGGAACUCGGAUGAUGAAGAUGGAAAAACUCCAUGGUUGCGACUUGGGAUCGGAUCCAAGUCUGAUGAAGAAGGUGAGCAUGACAGCGAGGGACAUUGAGGGACCAAGCUUGGAAGGAAAUUAAGAUGGCGGUUUUGGCUUUCUAAAUUAUU